AUGGCGCUCAUGGCCCUCACUGUCACAUCGCCCACUCUGAUUACAGCUGGUGGGCUUUUUAUUCUGUAUACCCUGGGAACAGCGAUAUAUAACCUGUUCUUCCACCCGCUUCGAAAAUUCCCAGGACCCAAAUAUUCAGCGCUGUCCCGACUGCCAGUUACCUGGGCCACUCUCAGUGGACAGCGGGCCCAGUUUCGGUUUAACUUGCACCGCAAAUAUGGCGACGUUGUGCGGAUUGCCAGCGACGAGCUAAGCUUCGCUCACGGACAGGGCUGGAAGGAGAUCUAUGGUACCAGUGCAAAUGCCAGGGGCACCCGCGCAAUACGCGGAGUCGAAGAAGAGGGCGGUGCCAACUCAGUCGUUACUGCGAACGGCGAGUGCCAUACACGGCAGAAGAGGCUGAUAACCAUAGUAUUCUCGGAAAAGAACUUGAAAGAAAAUGAGCCAACGUUUGUCAAGUAUACGGACUUGCUUGUGCAGCGCAUGGAGGAAUCCAAAGGUGCUCCCAUGGACAUGUCGGACUGGUAUAAUUUUACGGCCUUGGAUGUCGUCGGUGAGCUCCUCUUUGGUGAAUCUCUCGGCUUGCUGGAAAAUUCCAGAUACAUUCCCUGGGUCGAAUCCGUCCAGCAAUUCCUCAAGGCAUUCGCAAUCAUCCUCGUGCUGAACGAGUAUCUGCUUUUCCGAGUCAUUUGGGGCCUGGUGCCACACUCGGUUUUAAGUCGCCAGCGACAGAAAUUCCUCAAUUAUACGUCGGAUAAGCUUGCAAGAUACUUGGAUCGAAGAAAUGCAGAAAAAGGCAGCAUAGGCAUUAUGGGCAAGCUGCUUGAUGAUGGUAUUACACUGCCAGAGCUUCAACAAAAUUCCCCAAUCUUUGUUUUCGGAGGGAGCGAAACCUCCGCUACACAGCUGCGUUAUUUGACAUAUCUCUUGUUCAAGAACCCCCGUUGCAUGGAAAAACUGGUCAAAGAUAUUCGCACUCGGUUUUCCAGCUCCGAUGAAAUCAGGUACGAUGCUUUGUUGGGAAUGAGCUACCUCAUGGCUUGUAUUGAGGAGUCUCUUCGCAUGUACACGCCAUGCACAAAUGGGUUACCCCGUGUCGUGGCGGAAGGUGGGACGAUGAUAUGUGGUGAAAUGAUCCCUGCUGGAACUCUGGUAUCAGUUGCCGGAUAUUCCCUACUUCGCUCCCCUAAUUACUUCCAUUUGCCUGAUUCGUAUAUCCCGGAGCGCUGGCUUCCUGGCGCCGAAAAGCUUGACCCGGGAUUUGCGAAGGAUGAUAAGAAUGCUUUCCAGCCAUUCGCAUACGGAGCACACAAUUGUCCUGGUAAAAAGAUGGGUUAUUAUGAGAUUCGCCUCGUGAUGACCAAAGUUCUUUGGCAUUUUGAUCUAGAACUAGUCCACAAAGAUGGCGGUGCAUUGGAUAGCUGGGACCACAUUGACAACUACCAAAGUUAUGUUAGGGUACCUCUAUGGGUCAAAGCAACUCCAGUGAAGCGGGGGAAGACCUAA